CAUGUACAUGUAAUCUGGAAACUUUCCUUUUGAUUUUGGAAACUGCCAACGUCCCCUCUAGGCCCCCGUAUUGAACAUACCUAUGCCGAAUGUGUUCUAGUCUUUAACUACACGUGCUGCAGUACAGUGCAUUCAGACAGAAUGGCGCAAGAGAAGAAAAAGAAGGAGAGUAUUUUGGAUUUAUCCAAGUACAUUGACAAGCCCACCAGGGUCAAAUUCCAGGGCGGAAGAGAAGUGACUGGAAUUCUCAAAGGAUUUGAUCCACUUCUGAAUCUUGUGUUGGACGGAACAUCUGAGUUUCAGCGAGACCCUGAUGAUCCCUACAAAAUCACAGAAGACACUCGGGACCUUGGCCUGGUAGUCUGCAGGGGGACGUCAGUGGUUCUCAUCUGCCCUGCGGACGGCAUGGAACAGAUAGCCAACCCUUUUGUACAACAGGAAGGCUGACACAUUGUAAAAUGUCGGUUACCGGUGGAGAUUUUGUAAAUAAUGUGUAAAUACUCUGCGAACGGGGAUGUCCUUUCUUGGGUUAAAGCUGAACAGUACUGGCAGGCUUGUUUCCCAACUUUGUGAAUUUUUUUUUUUUUUUUUAAUAUCUCUUCAGUAAAAUAAAAACCUUCCAACACAUGGUCUGUCAGCCUGGCAGACGAUGUACGGACAGCAUCGUGGUGUUCAAUCACAUUGCCAGACACGGGCACGCUUGGUUGUGUAAGAUUGAACGAUAUGGUGUGCUCUCCCCUGACAAUACCGAGACCGCCUUGGACAAGGCUAUUAUAAUGCAAACAAACUCUCAGGUUUGCUGGAAGAUUUCGCUAAUACAAGACACUUAAAAAUAUAGUGUGUCCGUGAUAAUUUUUUUAAGUUUGAAUGUAUCGUAACAAAUGCUUUGAAGACCUCUAAAAAAGAAUGCUUACAUUCUCAAAAGAAAUUCCAGUAAUGCAAGAGCAUUGCACAACAAAUUUAAGAAAACGUUAGUUAUUAGAUUUUGUUUUAACAUGUUAAGUAUCGUGUUUAAUAAUGGCAUUUGACAAUUUUAGUAAAUGUUAUGUUUUGAAAUUCAUAUGAAGUUUGUGAUCAGUGUUGUAAUUUUUAAGCAUUGUGUCACAUACAUCUGUGUUCUUUUGUGUGGAAAGAGUCUUAAGCUUGAAAGGAUUCAUGGUGAUUACUAAAACAAAUAGAGGUAAUAAAUCCACUUUUAACUGAGACGGAGGAAACAA